GGGCCUGCGCGACCAUGAACCUGGAGCGGCUGCGGAAGCGCGUCCGCCAGUACAUUGACCAGCAACAGUAUCAAAGUGCUCUCUUUUGGGCAGAUAAAGUAGCCUCACUCUCUCACGAGGAACCCCAGGACAUUUACUGGCUGGCGCAGUGUCUCUACCUGACGGCGCAGUACCAUAGAGCAGCGCAUGCACUUCGGUCCCGGAAACUAGACAAAUUAUACGAAGCAUGCAGAUACCUGGCAGCUCGAUGUCAUUAUGCGGCCAGAGAGCACCAGCAGGCUCUCGAUAUCCUUGACAUGGAGGAGCCGAUCAACAAAAGAUUAUUUGAAAAAUACUUGAAGGACGAAAGCGGCCUGAAAGACUCCCCGAGGGACUGGGAAAUGUCGCAAUCCUCAAUAAAGAGUUCUAUUUGUCUUUUAAGAGGGAAAAUCUAUGAUGCUCUAGAUAACCGAACCCUAGCUACCUAUAGCUAUAAAGAAGCGUUGAAGCUUGAUGUGUACUGUUUUGAAGCAUUUGAUCUUCUAACAUCACACCACAUGCUGACAGCACAAGAAGAAAAAGAACUUCUUGAAUCACUACCUCUUAGCAAGCUGUGUACUGAAGAGCAGGAAUUGCUGCGUUUUCUAUUUGAGAACAAAUUAAAAAAGUAUAAUAAACCUAGUGAAACCAUUAUUCCUGAAUCUGUAGACGGCUUACAGGAGAACCUGGAUGUGGUCGUGUCGUUAGCUGAGAGACAUUAUUAUAACUGUGAUUUUAAAAUGUGCUAUAAGCUUACUUCUGUAGUAAUGGAAAAAGACCCUUUCCAUGCAAAUUGUUUACCUGUACAUAUAGGAACACUUGUGGAAUUGAAUAAAGCAAACGAACUUUUCUAUCUUUCUCAUAAGCUGGUGGAUUUAUAUCCUAGUAAUCCUGUGUCUUGGUUUGCAGUGGGAUGCUACUAUCUCAUGGUUGGUCAUAAAAAUGAACAUGCCAGAAGAUAUCUCAGCAAAGCUACAACCCUUGAGCGGACCUACGGGCCUGCCUGGAUAGCAUACGGGCACUCGUUCGCAGUCGAGAGCGAGCAUGAUCAGGCGAUGGCUGCGUACUUCACAGCCGCCCAGCUGAUGAAGGGGUGUCAUCUGCCGAUGCUGUAUAUUGGAUUGGAAUAUGGCUUGACCAAUAACUCCAAAUUGGCUGAAAGGUUCUUUAGCCAGGCGUUGGGCAUUGCACCUGAAGAUCCUUUUGUUAUGCAUGAGGUUGGCGUUGUUGCCUUUCAGAAUGGGGACUGGAAAACAGCAGAAAAAUGGUUCCUUGAUGCUUUAGAAAAAAUCAAAGCAAUUGGGAAUGAGGUCACAGUGGACAAAUGGGAGCCUUUGUUGAACAAUUUGGGGCAUGUCUGCAGAAAACUUAAAAAGUAUGAUGAAGCGUUGGAUUACCACCGUCAGGCCCUGGUGUUAAUCCCUCAGAAUGCAUCGACCUACUCUGCUAUAGGAUACAUACAUAGCCUGAUGGGCAAUUUCGAAAAUGCCAUCGACUAUUUUCACACGGCACUUGGUCUUAGGCGAGACGAUACGUUUUCCGUUACAAUGCUUGGACAUUGCAUCGAAAUGUACAUUGGUGAUUCCGAAGCUUACAUUGGAGCAGACAUUAAAGACAAAUUGAACUGUUAUGACUUUGAUGUGCAUACCAUGAAGACGCUAAAAAACAUCAUUUCACCUCCCUGGGACUUCCGGGAAUUUGAAGUAGAAAAACCACCUGUGGAAGAAGCAGGUCUUGCACCACUGGAACCCUCCAGGCAGACCCCAGAUUCCCGGCCUUUGUUGGAUGAGACCUUUGAAAUUGAAAUGAAUGAGAGCGACAUGGUGUUAGAGACGUCUCUGUCGGACCCCAGUACGUGAUUUCAAGCCGAGGGCUGGGUUCCGUGUUGUCAUGGGUUAGUGUUUGCUCGUCCUGUUUUAAAUGUCCUUGCCACGUCGUGAAACAUUUCCUAUUUUCCAACGCAGAUCCAAACUACAUCUCUACUUUAGGAGAAGAGAUUCUCCUUCAAAGACUGGAUAGCAUACCUUUGCAACACAGUUUCUGAUUUUCUGAUCCUGCAAGAUGUAAUGGAAUAAAGAAUAAUGAAUUUGCUGGUCA